UAACACUUAAAACAAAUUCGCGCGCUUUACAUAUGUUUAUUUUAAAGUCUUAUUUUGGCGAAUUACCUUCAAAAUGCUUGACGAUGGGACAGAUACAGACAUACCACAGCCUACAAGCGCUGCUUCGGGUCAAAUUAAAGCUAUAGCCAAGGAUACUGUGCACAAGAUCUGCUCGGGCCAGGUGGUGCUUAGCUUGGCUGUUGCCAUCAAGGAGCUGGUAGAGAACUCUAUAGAUGCAGGCGCCACGUUAAUUGAGAUUAAGUUGAAAGAGCAAGGCCUGCAGGGCGUGGAAGUUUCUGAUAAUGGCAGUGGCGUGGAGGAGGCGAACCUAGAGGGCAUGACUGCCAAGUAUCAUACCUCCAAGAUACGAGAAUUCGUCGACCUGCUGGGCGUGGAGACUUUCGGCUUUCGCGGCGAAGCCUUGAGCUCGCUCUGUGCCCUCUCUGACAUGACAAUACAGACGCGUCACAAGUCCACUGAUGUGGCACUCAAAAUUGAACUUGAUCAUGAGGGACGAAUCAAGAAGCGCUCACCAUGUGCCCGAGGCGUGGGCACAACUGUCAGCCUCAGCAAUCUCUUUGGCACGUUGCCUGUGCGUCGUCGCGACUUCACACGUAAUAUUAAAAAGGAAUUCAACAAGAUGUGCCAAAUACUGCAGGCCUAUUGCCUAGUAACACGUAAUGUUCGCAUCAUUUGCACUAAUCAGAGCGCAAAAGGUGCAAAAUCUGUAAUACUGCAAACACAUGGAGCUGCCGACGUGUUGGCCAACAUCUCGGCAGUGUUUGGAGCACGUCAGGUCUCGGACCUAGUGCCACUUAAAUCGCCCCUAGAGGCGGGCCAGCUGAGUGAGGCGGGCUUGCGUGCAGCGCUGCAAACUGCGAGCGAUGCAGCUGAAACGACUUGCGCCGAGUUUAACGCCGAAGAUGUGGAACGGCUUAAUGAAGCGGGCUUCGAGCUGGAGGGUUACGUAUCGAGCUGUCGUCAUGGCGCAGGCCGUUCCACUCGAGAUAGACAGUUUUUCUUUGUCAAUGCACGUCCAUGCGAACCCAAAAAUAUAGCGAAAGUCAUGAAUGAUGUCUAUCAUCGUUACAAUGUGCAGCAACAGCCUUUUAUAUACCUCAACAUUGUAACGUCCCGCGCAGAGGUGGAUGUCAAUUUGACGCCUGAUAAGCGACAGCUGUUGCUUAACAAUGAAAGGAUUUUGCUGCUGGCCUUGAAGAAGUCGUUGCUAGACACUUUCGGCACUCUGCCGUCGACUUUCCAAAUGCAAAAUGUUUCCAUAGCCAGCAUGCUGGAGCCUAAAGUAAAGGUUGAGCAAUCUGAAGCGCCAACACCAGAUGAAACUGAAGAGCUAGAUGUGCCCAUUAGCUCCUCGCAGCGUUUUAUGGAUGUAUUGAGCCAAUGGCGACGCACAGGCGAUACAAAGGGCAUUGCACCGCCAGUGACUGUUAAGCGGCGCUGCGAUGAGACGGCUGAGAUUAAUGCGCGCUCUAUGAAGCUGCGAAAGAUACAGGAUUUCCUUACACAAGAGGCGCCCAAAGCGAUUAGCUACAAAAGCGAAUCAGAGGAGGAGGAGGAGAAACCGCAGAAAACUAUUGACAGCAGCUUUGUCAGCUUAAAGCAGCUCAAACAGGAGUCACUGGCUUAUGAAGAGCUGCUGCGGCCAGCUAAUGGACCCCGUAUUGACUGUAAACCAUUGACGCCACUGAAAUCUCGAUUAAGCAUAGCAGAGCUUAAGCCAGCGCCCUCAACGCCUGUUAAAAGGGAGUCCAAUGAGCAGCUGCUCGAGUCCCCUGCAAACGAGACCUCCAACAGUGAAGCUCAGUCAGAAGUUGUAAUCACUUCGCCGCUGGCAAGGAACGAGUCCUCCAACUCCGAACCCGUCAUCCCUUCGUCACAGUCAACAUUAGAGUUCUCUCAACUCCCCGCGUCUCAAUCAAACACCGAGUACAGCGAUGAUGAAAUAGAAAUGCCUACGCGCAUCGAAUUCGAUGGCAACAGCGAUUCCGAUGGGUCUCCACCAAACAAAGCCAGCGGGGAGUUACGCACCUCGCUGGAGCAAAUCCGAGCCAGCUUGCAGGCGCAAGAGCAACAGCAUGUGGAGCGGAAACGUUCGGCCAAGCUUCAGCGCCUGCGUUUCAAGAGCGAAAUCAAUCCGAGUCAAAAUACAAAUGCCGAAGCCGAGCUGCAAAAGGAAAUAACAAAGGCGGAUUUUAAGCUUAUGCAAAUCAUUGGACAAUUCAAUCUGGGCUUUAUCAUUGUGAAGCUAGAGGAUGAUCUCUUCAUAGUGGAUCAGCAUGCAGCCGAUGAGAAAUACAAUUUCGAAAUGUUGCAACGCAACACACAGCUCGAGCACCAGCGUCUGACAGUGCCUCAAACACUGGAGCUGACGGCUGUGAACGAAAUGAUACUGCAGGAUCAUUUGGCGGUGUUCGAAAAGAAUGGAUUUAAGUUUGAGAUAAAUGCAGAGGCGCCACCAACGAGGAAGAUUCGUUUGCUGGGCAAACCCUUCAGCAAGAACUGGGAAUUCGGCAAACAGGACAUUGAUGAGCUGAUAUACAUGCUGCAGGAUGCGCCAGAGGGCACAAUCUGUAGACCCUCGCGCAUACGCGCCAUGUUCGCCUCGAGAGCUUGUCGCAAAUCUGUGAUGGUUGGCAAAGCGCUCAACAGGACGACCACCAUGCGACGGCUCAUCACACAAAUGGGCGAGAUUGAACAGCCUUGGAAUUGCCCACACGGUCGCCCCACCAUGCGUCAUCUAAUCAAUAUCACGAUGCUGAUGGAUGAGGAUGAGGCUGAAUGACAGCACAUGACAACGACGCCCCACACUAAACACUAGAAGCCGCAAUAAAACGUGCCACAACCAACAAUUCGUCAACAAUGAGU